AUGUCUUCGACACAAGGACUCCCCAUCCUCGAUUUCUCUGCAUUUUACGGCGAUAGCCCCAACGCUAAGGCCAAGCUGGUAGAACAGGUGCGUGAGAGCUGCCUGCACAAUGGCUUCUUCCAGAUCACCGGGCAUCGCAUUCCGCUGGAACUACAACGCCGUGCAAUGGACUGUUCGAAGCGUUUUUUCAGCCUCCCGCUCGAAGAAAAACUGAAAAUCGAUAAAAGGAACAAUACGUUUAACCGCGGCUAUGAGCUUCUUCAAUCUCAGAUGAAUGAGGCAGGCGCCAGUCCAGACCUAAAGGAAGGCUUGUACAUUGGGCGGGAGAUUCCUACAGAUCACCCUUACUUUCUUCAGAGGCUCCUAAACAGUGGCCCCAACCAAUGGCCCGACGCAAUUCCUGAUCGUAAGGAGUUCCAGCAAAGUACGAUGGAGUAUUAUCACGCUGUUUUUGACCUCGCAAAAGAUAUCAUGGCUGUCCUAGCACUCACCAUGAAUCACAACGAAACAUACUUUGAGCCUCUUACAGAUGGCGCCGUAGCAACACUGCGAUACCUGCAUUAUCCACCACAACCCAAGGUGGUGGAAGAGAGGCUGCGGGGGAUCGGUGCUCACACCGACUUCAGUUGCAUUACACUGCUGCUACAAGAUGAAGUUAGUGGGCUCCAGGUACUAGACAUGCCAACCGAUGAGUGGAUUGAUGUUCAGCCAAUACCUGGGGCAGUGAUCAACAGCUCGGGUAGUGAUCGCUACUCUAUCCCAUUUUUCUUCACCGGGAAUCCAAAGUUCGUAUGCAAAUGCUUGCCUGGAUUCCAGGAAGAUGGUGAGCCUGCUAAAUACCUCCCUGCAACCGUUCAAGAGGUGGUGUCAUCGUCGUACAAGGAGACUUUUGCGAGGGCCACGAGAUACAAGGCCGAGAUACAGAAAAAGUUACAAAAUAAUGUAGGUGAAGAGGUCGCUGCCUAA